AUGGGGGCGUUUAAGCCGAAGGGCUCGUCUUCUGUCGCCGGCGCCAUCGCUGCCAGGCGGCGCGACCAGCACGCCGCCGUUGCGGAGGCUGCGGACUCGCCCUCUGCCGUCGCCGUCCCCGGUGCUGCUGAUGUGGCCAAGAAACCCUUCUCCUCCCCCGGCGGCGGCGACGCCGGGGUGCAUUUCGGGAGCAUGAGGUCGUACAGGGGGUGGAGGCUCAUCGGCGAGGGCGCGUUCGGUGCCGUCUUCAGGGCGCGCCACAUCGCGACGGGCGAGACCGUCGCCAUCAAGAUCGCCCACAAGGACAGCGACGACGAGGCGCUGCUGCGGGAGGCCGGGACGCUCGCCGCGUGCGCCGGCAUCCCCGCCGUCGUGACGCUCCGCGAGGUGGCACGCGGCGCGAAGACCGGCAGGCUCCACCUCGUCAUGGACUACGUCGGCCCGAGCCUCGCCGACUACCUCACCCGCCGCGUCGACGACGAGGAGCGCGCGCUGACGGAGGCCGAGACGCAGAGCAUCAUGCGGCAGCUGCUCACCGGCGUGAAGCAGAUGCACGAGCGCGGCGUCUUCCACCGCGACAUCAAGCCCGGCAACGUCCUCGUCGGCGCCGCCGACGGCCGCGUCCGGAUAUGCGACUUCGGGCUCGGCAAGUCCGCCGCGAGGGCGCCGCCGCACACGCAGCUGGUCGGCACGCUCUGGUACAUGGCGCCGGAGCAGUACCUGGGCAGCAAGGACUACGGCCCGGCGGUGGACAUGUGGGCGCUCGGGUGCCUCAUGGCGGAGCUCCUCACCGGCGAGACGCUCUUCCCGGGGGACACGGAGUACCUCCAGCUGGUCCUCGUCGCCGGCCUGCUCGGCGUGCCCGACGAGGUUAACGGCAUGGGCCUCGGCGUCACCACGCCGAGCCGGCUGCGCACCAAGGUGCCGGUGCAGAAGCUCUCGCAGCCUGGCUUCGACGUGCUCGACGGCCUCCUGCAGUACGUCGCCGGCGACAGGCUCACCGCCGCCGCCGCGCUCGAGAUGCCGUGGUUCUCAAUGAAGCUGAGCUGA